AUGGCAGCUGCGAGCCCGAGGAUUCUACUCAUCAGCAACGUUGAGCGUGGCCAAUGCAACGUCUUCCUCGCGACUGCCCGGGCUAUACUGCACGCUGAUCCUAAUGUCGACUUGCACUUUGCCUCAUUUCCGGCACUCGAGGCUGAAAUCCAGAGCAUUUCUGACGAUGCCAAACGAACGAACGCCAGCACUAAGCCCAUCUCAUGGCAUAGCAUUGCUGGUCAGACUCACGGCGAGGCCGUGUCGGCUGCCAUAGCUAAGCUUUACCCCGGGGAAGAUGAGGAAAAGACGCUGUUUAAGACGCCAAAUUUAGCACGUCCACUCAGCACCCUCAUGUCGGGGAUAUCCUUUCCCAUUCCUUGGCAUCGUGUACCGCUCAACAUAUUCUUCUACUUUUAUACCCUUCGCACCAUAGCAACAGAUCGAGGUUUGCGCGGCGUUUUACAGCAUGUUACGAAGGCUCUUGGUCGGCCGGCACGGACGGUGAGAGACGUGAUAAAUAGCAAGGGCCCAGGUACGCCUACAGUCUUUGUGAAUACGCUACCGGAGCUCGAUUUCCCAUGGCUGCCGUGCCCUCCUCACGUCAUUGCGAGCGGUCCCAUCGUCCGCCGCGUGCAGCCAAUUUCAGAAGCAGAUCCAGAACUUGCCGACUGGCUUUCUGGCAGCCCUACCAUCUUCAUAAAUCUGGGUACGCACACCAAGCUAACCGAGGCCAAGGCUGCCGAGUUUGCGACUGCCUUGAACAUGAGUCUUAAUACCAUGGACGACCGGCACCCAAGCAGUCGUCCUCUGCAGAUCUUAUGGAAACUGCAAAAGGCGGGCGAAUACGACGCAACCGCAUCUGGUUCUAGAAUUUACAGCAUUCUCAAAGACAAAAUAGAGUCUAAUCGAAUGCGUAUUACCAGCUGGUUAACAGCCGAACCGCUAGCCAUAUUGCAGACUGGCAAUAUCGCUUGUUUUAUCCACCAUGGUGGCGCCAACUCCUAUAAUGAAGCUGUUCUAAAUGGUGUCCCGCAUGUUGUCCUACCAUCGUGGACAGACUGCUAUGAGUAUGCCCAAAGGGUCGAGUACCACGGCAUUGGCCGAAUAGGCGCUCGGAAGCAAGUGCCUCAAGUGGAAGCCAGUGAACUAUCGCGUGAACUUUUGACGGUUCUCGACGGUGAAGAAACUAAGUCAAUAAAGCGCAAGGCUCAAGAGCUCGCUGCUAUCUGCAAGGAGAAGGGGGAUGGGGCAGAUGCUGUGGCCUACAAGAUGCUAGAGCUGGCAAAGAAGUCAUAG